CCCCUACGGCACCAUCGCAUCAGUGGCUGUAAACGGUGCCGUUAGAAACGAAGUUUGGUCUCAGUCUCGGAGAAGAACUGUGUUGUUUUGGUGAAAUAGCUUUUUUGGUCAGUUUCGUCUCAAAAAUGGGGUGGUGUAGGAUAACAGUGACACUUCCCUUCUUGUUGCUGAUUUGGACAUGCAUCUCGGCUUUCAACCUGGACACGGAGAAUGUCAUUAUCAAAUCCGGAGACCAAGGCAGCCUGUUCGGAUUCUCUCUUGCCAUGCAUCGAGAGUUAAAGCCCGACAAAAGACAUCUGCUGGUGGGUGCACCCAAGGCAGCCGGUUUGGGAGCACAGAAAUCCUCCAAAACUGGGGGCCUCUACACAUGUGACAUCAACGCCCCUGGCACCUCUUGUACCAGAGUGCAGUUUGAUGAAAAACUGGAUAAAAAAUCAGAAAACAAAGAUGACCAGUGGUUGGGCGUAGUUGUGCAGAGCCAAGGUCCUGGAGGGCAGGUUCUGACAUGUGCCCAUCGCUAUGAGCAGCGCUAUUUUGUGAACACCUCGCAGGAGUCGCGUGACAUCACGGGCCGUUGCUACGUGUUCGGCCCGGACCUGACCAUCGACACGAACCGCAAUGGCGAGGGCGGCGAGUGGAAAUUUUGCAGUGGGCGGACGCGAGGCCAUGAGCGCUUUGGCUCCUGCCAGCAGGGCAUCUCAGCCACCUUCACCAGGGGCCACCACUACCUGAUCUUUGGAGCGCCGGGUGCCUACAACUGGAAAGGCAUAGUGCGUUUGGAACAGAAGAAUGACAGUCUGGCAGAUCAGUUCAUUUUCAAUGAUGGCCCCUAUGAGGUGGGCGAUGAGAACCAGCAAAAUGAAGAUCUGGUGCCAGUUCCGGCCAGCAGUUACCUCGGCUUCUCUCUCGACUCUGGGAAAGGCAUCACUAAGCAAAACCAUCUGACCGUUGUCGCUGGAGCACCACGAGCCAAUCACAGUGGAGCCGUGGUGUUCCUGAAGAUCGAGCCAAACACGGCCACGAUGUCCACCGAACACAUCCUGGAAGGGGAGGGGCUUGCAUCCUCCUUCGGCUAUGACGUGGCAGUGCUUGAUCUCAACGCUGAUGGGUGGCUGGAUGUUGUUGUUGGAGCGCCUCAGUUCUUUAUUAAAGAGGGAGACACAGGAGGAGCCAUCUACGUCUAUAUCAACAAGAAAGGAGCGUGGAAUAACAUUAAGCCCGUCCGCAUCGAUGGGCCCAAGGACUCCAUGUUUGGACUGGCCGUGGAGAACAUUGGGGAUGUGAACCUUGACGGCUAUACAGAUGUGGCAGCUGGAGCACCUUAUGAUGGGGACGGCGUAGGGAAGGUCUUCAUCUAUCAUGGGGCUAAAGAUGGCAUCAUGGUGAAGCCAGCACAGGUUCUGACUGGAGGGAGUAGGGUCAAGCUGUUUGGCUACUCCAUGGCAGGUAACAUGGACAUGGACCUGAACGCUUACCCUGAUUUGGCCAUUGGCUCUCUGUCAGAUUCAGUAUACGUUUACAGGGCACGACCAGUCAUCAAUCUUCAGAAGGAGGUGAAGAUAUCACCAAAGGAACUGGACCUCACAAAGAAUAACUGUGGAGACAGCAUAUGUCUAGAGGUGGAAGCCUGCUUCUUGUACACAGCAAAUCCAUCGACUAUCAAUCCUGUAAUAGUGAUAAAGUAUAUGUUCCAGACGGAUAUGGCACGCAGGAAGCAGGGUCUUCCCCCUCGAGUGACGUUCUCCACACGUUCUUCAACGGACCAUGACUAUGAGAGCACAGGAACCUUGAAACUGCUUGCCCAGAACGCAAAGCAGUGCAUUCAGAACAAACUCAAACUGAAGGACAACAUUAAGGACAAGUUGAGAGGGAUUCCCAUCGAGGUAUCUGUGGAGAUCCAAGAGAGCAGUCGCAAGCGCAGGGCACUUCCGGGUCUCACGCCCAUCUUGGACGCCAACGAGCCAACCAGUGUGCUCUCUGAGGUGAAUUUUGUAAAAGAGGGGUGUGGGAGUGACAACAUAUGCCAGAGUAACCUGGAGAUCAAGUACCAGUUCUGCUCAAGUGAAGCAAACAAAAACAUCUUUAAAACCCUGCCUAACCGUGGAAGCGUGCAGCUGAUCUCGCUCAGCGACCAGAAGGAAAUCGCUUUGGAGGUCACGGUGACCAACAAGGGUGGCGACGACGCCUAUGAAGCAGCCUUGGUGGCCUCGUUCCCCAGGACCCUCUCUUACUCGGCCACACGAGUGCUGAACACAGAUAAGCAGGUGGUCUGUGUAGCCAAUCAGAAUGGCUCACAGGCAGAGUGUGAACUAGGUAAUCCUUUCAAGAAAGACUCAGAGGUGACCUUUUAUAUCAUUCUAAGCACCGGAGGCAUCUCUUUGAAUACCACAGAGGUGGAGAUUGGCCUGAAGCUGAAGACCACAAGUCAGCAGCAGGGUGUAAGUGAGGUGAAGGCCAGGGCAGAUGUGGCCAUAAAGAUGCUUCUCUCAGUCACUGGAGUGGCCAAGCCCUCCCAGGUCUACUACAGUGGAGUGGUCAAAGGGGAGAGUUCCAUGAAGUAUGAGAGUGAGGUCGGCAACUUGAUCGAAUACGAAUUCAGGAUAAUCAACUUGGGAAAAAGCCUGCAGUCGUAUGGGAGAUCCACACUGACCAUCCACUGGCCGAAGGUUAACGACAACGGCGACAUCGGCAAGCACCUCCUCUACCUGAUGAGCGUCACCUCUACUGGACUAGACAGCAACACCUGCGAUGGCGAGGUCAACCCACUCUUACUGAAAGAGGGUUCCCCAACCAGGGGCAAACGUGAAAUAGCCAGUAAGAAACCAGCAGAAGAAGGAAGCAUUGCGCUUCUUACGGACAAAAGGAAAAACAAAACUCUGUCUUGUGGUACGGGUGCCAGAUGCACUGACUUGAAGUGCCACCUGCAGGGGAUGAGGAGUAGUGCGGUCAUAAAAUUGAGAGCACGACUAUGGAACGGCACAUUCCUCGAGGACUAUUCCGACCUGAAUUACUUGAAUAUCCUGGUGACAGCAAAACUCACUGUCGAUGGCAAGGCCUCGAACAUUGAUCUGACAGACACCAGUGCAACGGCGAGUGUGACGGUGUUCCCUGAGCGGCGCAUGGCGCAGCACGGCGGCCUGCCCUGGUGGAUCAUCCUGGUGGCCAUCCUACUGGGCCUGCUGCUGCUCGGCCUGCUCAUCUUUCUGCUCUGGAAGUGUGGAUUUUUCAAACGUUCCAAGUACAACGAUAGUGUUCCCAGCUACAGUGCGGUGCGGAUCAAAAAGGAGGAGCGACACAAUGAACCAGACACUCUGGAGAAGAAGCAGUGGAUGACCAGCUGGAACGAGAAUGAGAGCUAUUCUUAACACUCACUUUGUUUUCUGAAGAUUCUGUCUCCUGCUUGACUCAGUAAUGGCUUAAUAAUGUUGUGCCCCCCCCCCCCCCCCCCUCCACCCUUGAAAAAAACAAAAAACUCCUCCCCUUGUGCCUGGAAGGGACUGCAUUUGCACAUUUUGAACUUGUGAUUAUGAAUUUCAAAACAUUUCGUAGAAAAAUUACUUUUUCUCAUUUUUGUUCUUAAGGGAUACUCAUAACAGUCCUUCCUUCUCACCUAACACUAUCUUCUUUUAAGUACACAAAGUGUUAUAAUUUCUUACACCUAAAAUUCUUUCCAUCUGUGGUCCAUUAUAUUUCAGAUUUUAUUGUUUUUUUCCAACAUUUUAAAAGAUUUGGAGUGGAACAUUUUAUACAUUUUUGUAUAUAUUUGAGCUGAACUGUCUUAUGUCGGUAUGUAUUUAUUUUCAGCAGGUACGUCUGCUGUGUUGACCAAAGAAAGAACUGUCUGAUUGUCCUCAAAAGAAAAGACUGUUUUCUAUUGAAUGUAAAUAUCUUAGAUUUUGAAUGCCUUAUGUCUAAUGCUCCAGCUUUAUCUUGUACCAUUAGUGUGGUUAUGGACUGUCAGUAUUUUGGAUGUAGUAUGAACUUUGUAAAAGGUAGGAACAAGACCCUCUAAUCAUAUAAGCAGCUGUGUGCUUUCCUACACAAAUCCCACAUAGAGACGCAGAGAUAGGAGACUAUAUCCAAAGCACAAAGAAUAUUUCUAGAUUUUGCCUACAAAUAAGGACGAGCCAUUUUCCAAGGUGCCCUCCUGUUUGCUUCCCUUUAAUAUGACCAAAUAAAUCCAAUUUAAUUUCAUGUUACCUGGAUAAAUUACCCAGAAUUUCAGAAGGUACUGUGAAUGGUGUAGUGUACAGCUGACCAUUACAGUCAGUUUGACUCAGAGGGCUUCAUUUCCACCGCACCCUGACAUCUACAGAUAUUAGGUCACCGCAACCAACUAGUGUCACAUUUUAUGUAGGUAACUGGGAAUCCACGUGCAUCAGAUGUGUGCAGGUGGGUAAAGGUGGCUGAAUGUUUUUGUUCGAGUUUUUCAACCAAAGUAAAGGGAACACGGAGCUAAGCAAUAUUCCAUGGGGGGAAACUGGAGUAUGCAAAACUACACAGCAACACAGCAAGCAAAAAAAAAAAAAAAAACACAUUUCUUUUUUCUGAACUUGGAUGUCAUUUCAAUACUUUGUCUUUGUUUGUGAAUCUCUA